CUAGGAUGAAGGUGACUCCCAAUACCGGCCCAGACCUCUCCAGGCAUUGGUUGAGGACCUUCAAACAUACGCAGAAGCUCCCUUGCUUCCAGCGUGUGCAGAGCACCCCUCAGCACAGGUUCCCCUUCACUACAGAUACCCUCAGCACAGACCCCCACCCCCAUGCAGAGAGGCCCCCAGUAAAGCUCCCUAGCACCCAAGGCAGAGCGCCCUCUCUCCUGUUAAGGGCUAAGUCACCGCUCACGGAGGACUCCGCCUGGAGGUCGCAAAGACCGCCGACCUCGUUCUGCACUGCAGCAUCGCAUCAUCACCAGAUGCCCCACAGCUGGGAGCGCCGCCAGUGAGACGUGCCAGUCCGGCACCUUCACGCGGCCCCUUUAAGGGCGGGGGUUCGUGCACGAGCCGCUCCGCCUUCUGCCCUGCUCCGCCCGCUGCCCUUAAAGGGGCCACGCCCGCCUCGCCGCGGAACUGGAGCGGUCGGAGGGUUCGGAUCCGGCCGGCGGGCGGGGACGGCGGCCGAGUGAGGGCGGAGCGGUCCUGGGUGCGGGCAGGCGUACCAUGUACACCAUCACCAAGGGGCCCAGCAAGCUGGUCGCACAGCGCCGCACAGGUCCCCCGCAGCAGCAGGUGGAAAGCAGGCUCGGUGAGCUCCUGAAAUGCCGGCAGCCCGCGCCGCCGGCUUCGCCACCCCCGCGGGCUCAGCCUCUGGCGCCGCAGCCCGGACCCUGGCCCUUGUCGAGUCCAGGGCCAAGACUUGUGUUCAAUCGAGUGAAUGGCCGUCGGCCCCUCACCACAUCCCCAUCUCUUGAGAGAACCCAAGAGACCUACACACUGGCCCACGAGGAGAAUGUCCGCUUUGUGUCCGAAGGUAGCAAAGGGCUAGAGGUCUGUCCUGUGACCACCCAGAAGACUGCCUACUCCCAAUGCUGGCCUGAGUCUAGGGUGGCCACUAGGCCCUCAGCAGGGAGGGGCUGCCAGGGGUCUGGCUCAGCCUGACCACCCAUCCCCUAUAGCCUGGCAGCAG